CGGUCAAACCUUGUGACUAUUCGGAUACUUCAGAUGCUGCAGCUGCAGUCUUAAAGAAAAGCUGAUAAGAAGGCAGCUCCACUAUACAAAGACAAAGGCAAAGGCAAAAAGAACGAAACAGAUUUCAUAAUUUUGCAGGCACUCACAAGUAGUUGCUCGCUCUCGAAAUUUGUUGAAAUCUUAUUAAAAUUUAGGAAUACUCUGUCUUGUCUUAUCUUGUUGUAUGUUGGUCAGCAACCCAACACCAACAAUGCUUAUUCUUCAUCCAUUGGCCGUUUUCGAUUGAUAUCAUUUUGUGGUGUGCGGCGCGCUCGGCACAGCCAUGGAUGACACUACAAGUUUAGUAUCCGACCUUAUUCAAAAGCUCGCUGAGCUUGACAAUAAGGUCAACAUAUAUCGCCAAGACAUGGCCCAGGAGUUCCAUCGAUAUUCGCGUCAGCGUCUACAAGAUGUUCCAGGGCAUGUUUCUGCGAAAGUCCAAAAAUUAGUUGCCGAGCACUUUCAGAAUUAUCCGGCAUUGAGUCCCGGUCUUGAUUAUGACAUCGACCCGCAAUCGCAAGAAAGUGCCAGCGACGUCAGCACUGACGAGAAGUCAUGGCCGGUCAGGCAACCAUCGCCGCCAGUUUCGCCUCAAAUUCCUUUCCUUCCCCUGUUCGAUAGUCCCCGGAGCCCACAUGAACGAGAACGCGAAUUCCAUGGUCUGUUCACACCGAGUUAUCUUCCCUUGCUUGAUGCAGUACAGCGACGUAGCCCGACACCACCUACAUUGCCGCCCCAGGUACCUGAAAUCAAAGAACCUAACAGUCAUGAAGACACCUCAGCUGCUACUCUAGCGAGUCCGAUCGUUCUACCCCGACCGGAUCCCGUCCGACGGCAUACUACAGAUACAGAGGAGUCGAUUACUUCCGAUGACAGUACAACGAGAUUACGAAGAAGCGCCCUCCGUCGCUCAUCUACUUCGUCUGUCAAAGCUCAAAGUCCUAGACGAGUGCGCUUUGACGUAGAAGGUGAAGAAGUACUUCCCACCUCGUCACCCCCGAUUUCACCUCGAGCACCAGAUUUCCCGCCGUCCCCGUUAGGCAACCCCGCUGGUCUACUAGAUGAGUCAUACAACGCGAUCAUCAUUAAUGAAGAUACCGACCUACUAGGCAGCUCUCCGCCGAUGCCUAAAAAGAUAACUUCCACUGAUCGUUUAAAAGCUAUGGCACGGAACUCAAACGAGGACACUUCGAAGUGGGAAGUUGUUGGCAACCUGGAAGCUCUCAAUGAUGACGAAGAGGAAGAGUUAGUCAUGGCCGGUUUACAUAGCCGAAAAGCAAAUGACACAUAUCAAAAUUCAGCCAAUCACGUAAGCUCGGACAACACGGCACAUCAUAUAAAUGAUGCGCGCCUCCCGAGUCAACUUGGUGCGCCUUUGACGGUUGUGAAAGAAGUCGAAGAAAACGAAGUUCCUGCAGAGGGUGACGAAAUAGACGACGUCCUCAUGAUGCCGCCACUAAGUUCAUUCAAAGACAAGAAACGAUUUUCUCCGCCGCUUGAAACGACUCCCAAAUCAGCCGCAAAUAUUCCUAACUCGAAUCGAACAGAAAACGACUUAUCAAAAUCUCCGAUUGAUUCCACAAGCGAACCAUCACUCAACGAAGAAGAUUUGUUUGACUUUGACGAUCGGGAUUUCGACUUGGACGAUAGAGAAGAUAAAUCUAAACCGGUCAAGAAGUAUAUUGAUGAGGAAGACGAGGACGUGGACGAGGACGAAGCUGAUGCGACGCCCAUAGCUGAAAAGCCGGUCUUGUUUUCUACAUCGCCUGCGAUUCCCGUCGCUAAACCUGCUUCCGCAACUCCUCCUUUACCGUCCCCUCACCAAAUGGCCGCAUCCGUCGGGUCAUACCGCGGGAAGUCGUUUUCAAUCGGUGUUGUCCGUGAUCCGGAACUACAUAAGAGAGCCGCAGAGAUGGGCGACUUCUAUACCUUCGUUGGCAGUGUUGACGGGCGAAGUGGGGUUGACGAAUCGACUAGUUAUAGGCCUGACAUGACCUACUUUGACGGCACACCCAGAAGUCUCAGCGAACGUUUGAUGAAAGAGGACUUAGAUGAGGCUCGCCGAAACGCCGAAACAAACAGCCGCGAUUAAGCUUUCACUCAUACCCACCUCCGAAAACAGAAUCAUGUUUGAAUAUGCGUCGGGGCUCUGCGAAUAAAAACCAACCUGCCCACUGCAACAGUUCCAUUAUUACUCUAAUUCUUUAAUGUCUAACUGCAUUUUCUUGCCGUAUACUUGGCAU